UAUUUUGAUCGUGUUACAUACUUAUAUGUAUAUGCUACAUAAGCAUUUUUUUAAGACAAAAAUGUUACACUCCCUGAAAAAUGACAGGUGUCAUAUUACACUCCUACCUCCCCAUAACGACCACCUCUCCACAACAGCCACUUCCUCCCCAAGGUGGCCGUCUUAUAGAGGUUUGACUGCAGCUAGUCAUGACCUCAAAUAAAGAGAAACUAUAUGACCCUUAGUGAUUUUUUAAGGAGAACAACUUCAGUCAUAAUGUACGCUGUACACUCCAGCACUGAGCAUUAUUAGAAAAGAGAACAGUUCAUAUUUUCUUUAUUAGAUCACUGAAAACGUAUUGUAAACAUUGUGCAGCUGAAGGUUAAAAUAUAAGCUCAAAAUUAUAUGUGCUGCUGUUGAUCUUUACAAGUUAAUUUUUAAUGCGUUGUCAAUAAUAUUUACUGUUCAUUAAUCUUUCAAUCGGCCAUAACAUGAUAGGAACACAAGGGAACCCACAGCAAAAACGAUCACAAAAGCCACUCAAGCAUUACAACAAGGUCCCACAGUGAACUUGACCACAGACAAAACAUCUGGGAAAAUUUAUACAAAAUUUCGCGUGCACGUUGAAAGCUUACCAGCUCCCUCAAAGAUUCCUCGUCUUCCCCCGAGGAAAACUCGUCCGAUUUUCCUUCUUUAGGGCCCGUCAUUUGUUCAUCUCAUUCGCAUUCGUUCUUAGAAAGAUAAAGUUGUUUCUGAACAGUUCUUCUAGUUGGAAGUGAAAUGGGGCCAGGUAACUGAGACGACGUCGCCAUGUUUUCUCGAAGACUCAUGAUCGAACAAUCUGAUUGGAUAACAGUUGCUCUUAGAAACUUACUCGUCCCAGGUUUGGGCCAAGUAUUUUGAGGGUCUAAAGAGGGGCUGAUCUUUGUUGCAAAAUGGCGCUUUCUCUUUUUGCACGUCGAAUUCGACCACAGGCUGUCAAGAUUCCUUCUCUGGUAGCCUCUUCCAGAAGAUUGAACAGCACUUUGGUCGAGACUGAUCAAGAUGGCAAAAUAUUUUUCGUUUCGAUCGCACGGCCAGAGAAGCGCAACGCGGUCAAUGCAAAAACCGCGGAGCUACUUGCAGAAGCGUUUCGCAAUUUCGAGAUCGACGAUGAAUGCGCGGUGGCCGUGUUAUACGGGAAAGGAGAUACGUUUUGUGCUGGAUAUGACUUGGAAGAAUUAUCUCAAAGGGGCCCAGAUGAGUAUCUUAAAUCAAUCGCACCACCUGGGGAAGGAGAUGCACCCAUGGGCCCAUCUCGACUUAAGCUCAGUAAACCAGUGAUUGGUGCCAUUGAAGGAUAUGCAGUUGCAGGAGGAAUGGAGUUAGCUUUGAUGUGUGACCUCAGGGUUGUUGCAGAAGAUACAGUUAUGGGAAUAUUUAACAGGAGAUUUGGUGUUCCUCUUCUGGAUGGCGGUACUGUAAGGUUGCCAUACAUUGUAGGCCUAUCACGUGCAUUAGACCUGAUAAUGACAGGCCGAGCAGUGGAUGCUAAAGAAGCUUAUAGCAUGGGCUUAGUGAACAGAAUUGUUCCUAAGGGAAAAGCAGUUGAAGAGGCUAUCAAGCUUGCUAAACUAAUUGCUCGUUUCCCAACAGAGGCGCUCACUGCUGAACGCAAGGCUGUGUUCUACUCUAUGUUCAAUGCAGAGUCUUUUAAUGAUGCCUUGACAUACGAGCACGCAAAGGGAGUGAAGCUGAAAACCAUGAAAGAUGCCAUUGAAGGGGCUAAGGAUUUUUUAAAAGGAAAGGGACGUAAAGGGUCUUUUGAAGAUUAUCUUGAUUAAAAUCUUUCUGACCAAAUUAUAGAUAUUUACACAGACUGAGGGGUUGUUAAUUACACUGCAUCCUUGAUUGUGUAGUUACUAGCACAAGUAUGACGUGACAUUUCAGUGUUUACAACCUUUAGUUAGGUGUGAUAGGGGCUCCAAACGGUAAGACCCAAGACUUGCUAAGACAGCAAAAUCCUUGUCUGAGCUUGAAAGACUUAAUUAAAAGUUUUAGACU